ACAGGUACUACCUGCCUAAUUGCCUUGCUGUCUGACAAGGAACUCACAGUUGCGAAUGUUGGAGAUUCACGUGGAGUCUUGUGUGACAAGGAUGGAAAUGCCAUUCCCUUAUCACAUGAUCACAAACCAUAUCAGCUAAAAGAAAGAAAGCGGAUUAAGAGAGCUGGUGGCUUCAUCAGUUUCAAUGGAUCUUGGCGAGUUCAAGGGAUUUUGGCGAUGUCCCGUUCUUUGGGGGAUUACCCUUUGAAGAACCUAAAUGUCAUUAUCUCAGACCCCGAUAUCUUAAGCUUCGACCUUGACAAGCUACAGCCUGAAUUCAUGAUCUUGGCGUCUGAUGGCCUGUGGGACGCUUUCAGCAAUGAAGAAGCUGUCCGGUUCAUUAAGGAGCGCCUGGAUGAACCUCACUUUGGAGCCAAAAGCAUUGUGUUACAAUCCUUCUACAGAGGAUGCCCCGAUAACAUAACAGUUAUGGUAGUAAAGUUCCGGAAUAGCAGCAAAACAGAUGAACAAUAA